UAUUACAGUUUUGUAUUGUAGCAUAGGAUCUCACAUUUUCAUUUUCUUCUUCACCACUCUCACAUGACAGCUGGUGCCUCCUCUUCUUCUUCUUCUUCAGCCAUGGCUUUCCUCCUCCGUCUCAGAACAAUCCACACUUUGACUAACCCUUCUCGUUCUCUUUCUCUGCUCCACCACCACCGCCUCCUCUCCACCUCCAACUCCGGCGCCGGCGACCUCCUCCGCCUGAGAACAUUCCUAACUUUGACAACCCCAUCUCAGCUCCACCGCCACCGCACUUCCAACUCCGUCGCCGGCGACAACCCCAACACCAACCAACCCUUCCUCUUCUCUCUGAGAAAAAUCCAAACAUUUCUGCUCCACCACCUCCGCCGCCUCUUAUCCACCUCCGACUCCGGCACCGGCGACCACCCAAACUCCAACAACCCCUCCCCUUCCACUCUCCGAGAACUCAGGGAAGCUGUCAAAUCACUCUCAGCAAGUGAUUGCAUUGUAGAGAGCAAAACACCAACCUAUACCACCUUCUCCUUCGUCCCUUCCUCCAACUCCACCGCCGCCGCCGCCGAUUUCAACGCCACCGCCUCGUUUAACCUUGAUGAGAAGCUUCAGCAGAUGAAAAUGAGGGCAUUGAUUUUGGGGGAAAGGCAGAUUACUGAUCGCCAGCGCUUGUGGAAGCUGAAGGAGUCAAGAAUCGAACUCCGGGAUGAGGUCCUCAAGAAUCUCGCAAACCAUAUCAGCCUAGUGCAGAAACACAAGGGCCGCCGCGCGCUGUCGUCGGAGACACGCGAAAUGCUGGUGGAUGAGAUUGAUAGCAUAAUUGCAGAGCUGAUGAAGUUCAAGGAUAUGUUAAUGGAGUCUGCUAAUUUGUUAGAAAUGUUAACCGAUUCGAGACUCGAUUCGCUCAAAGAAAUCGUGAAAAACUUGUCUGAGAUUAGGGGCGAUUUGCAGGAUGAGGUGUGGGAUGAACUGAAUGAGGGGCUGGUGAGGUGUGAGCAGAUGGAGCUGAAAGAGGCUGAGAUGUUAGCCGUAGAGAUUAGGCAGCAAAUGCAAUUGCUCAUACCGCAAGUGCAGAAACUCUUUCAGAUACGCCACAGCUACUUGUGAAGCCAUGGUUUUUCAGGUCUUUUGCUAUAGGGUGCAUAGGGGGAACUUUUAUAAACCCAAAUUGUGUUCUAACUUCUAACAAUGCUGAGUAGGAUUUCAAUCUCUAUCAGGUUAAGUAUAAAGGUGAAUUUUGGUUCAAGGUUUAUCAUAUUGUCUUGGCUUACAACACAUUAAUGUUCACUGCCUUUUGCUUUUUUGAUAAGCUGUUUACUACCUUUUGUAUCCUCCCUGAACGUUGAGGCUGCUGGCUUUUUCUCUGUUUAGUGUUUAUUGAUUUUGACUA